AUGAGUAGGCGCCCAAGUGAACAUAGAGCCAGUCUCAACGACCUCUCGGACCAAAUCCAUGCCGUGUACCGCCACCUUCUGGAAGAGGGCGGUGCUGCCAGCUCCUCGGGGUCGUUGGAUUCGACCCAGAACGAGCUGGCGGUGCGCACGCCGAGGCUAGACAACGCAUUCAUUCUGACCCACCUCUCGCCGUUCCACGUGGACGAAAACUCGUCCGUGCCUCGCUCAGCACCCGAAACGCCCCACGCGGCGUCGAUGCUCGAGUCUCCCGUGUCCCACUUGCACCUUAAGGCGGUCACAGACUCUUCUGUAGAUGUCAUCCGUGAUAGCGCCACCCCAGAACCCGGCUUGUAUUCUCCUUACGACGACAAACGUAAACUCAACCAAACAUAUAGCAUUCCAGAUUCGAUCGACCGGUCCGGAACACCCGGCCAUGCCUCCACCGCCAUAGACGAAGAGGAGGACUGGUCCGAACGUGGCGCGGCUGUUGCCGUGGCCCCUGGCCCCAAUGGCCCCACCAGUAUCCGCCGAACAGUCAAAGAUUUCGAGUUUGGAAAGGACUUGGGUGAGGGUUCCUACUCCACGGUUGUUCUAGCCACAGACAAGAUCACGAAAACCAACUAUGCCGUGAAGGUGCUUGACAAGAAACAUAUCAUCAAGGAGAAAAAGGUGAAGUAUGUCAACAUAGAGAAGCAUGCCCUCAAUAGACUCAGCGGCCUCAACGGAAUCAUAUCUAUGUUUUUUACGUUCCAAGACAAAGACUCGCUUUACUACGUUUUAGAAUUCGCAUCCAAUGGAGAGCUUUUGGGCUUCAUCAAAACCUACGGCUCCCUCAAUGAGGAUUGUACCAGACAUUUCGGUGCCCAGAUAUUGGAUGCCAUCAAGAACAUGCACGACAAUGGUAUCAUUCACAGAGACAUAAAGCCCGAAAACAUAUUGAUAGAUGACAAAUUUCGCAUCCGCAUAACAGACUUUGGCACUGCAAAGUUGCUCGAACGCAAGAAAAAUGGAGAGUCGGGUGUCGAAGAAGAGUACCCAUUAGACGUGAGAGCCAAAUCCUUCGUCGGUACCGCCGAAUACGUUUCGCCUGAAUUGUUGGAGAGCAAGUACUGUGGAAAGCCCGGUGACAUUUGGGCUUUUGGGUGCUUAUUGUAUCAAAUGAUCGCAGGAAAGCCUCCAUUUAAGGCCACAAACGAGUACUUGACCUUCCAAAAAAUCACAAAAUUGCAGUACGCGUUCAGCGCUGGAUUCCCUUUGAUUCUCAGAGACUUGAUCAAACAAAUAUUGGUCUUGAGACCUUCUCGCAGAGCUUCUAUCGAGCAAAUCCAACAACACCUUUUCUUCGAGAAAUGUAACUUUAAGGAUCCUGACUCCAUUUGGAAUGCAAAGCUCCCUGAACUAAGUCCUUACAAAGUCACAGCUCAAUCCAUGACAAAAAUGCCUACAAAGAGUGCUCAACCCGUUCGAGAGCAAAGAGCACCUAUUAAAAAGAAACCACAACUGCAACCACAACCAAAGAAUACCCCAGCAGAGGCAUCGAAGUUAAAGAAGGCAAGUACUUCUGAGGACAAAGGAUUGAGGAACAUCACACCAGCAAGCGUCGCUGCUUAUGUUCUCAAUAAAGAAGAUGAUCAUUCCUCACCUGAAGUCAGCACUCCCAAGACAACCAGUCAUACUAGCACACCGCAGAAGUCACAGGCUCCACCUGACUAUAUUCCUGGUACCAACAUCUUAAGACCACAGGUAAACAGUAUGGCAAACUUUUCUAGACUUUCAACCAGCAGCUCAAACAAAAGUGAUCCUGAGCUGAAAAGAAGUAUACGCUCUAAAACGAAGGAACUAGCACCUCCAACAGCGGUCGAGGCAGCAUGGCAGCAAUAUCUCAGUCCUGAUGAGAGAAUUAUUCAUGUUGGCUCAGUCACUGCAUCCAAAAAGACUACUGAGGCCUUCGAGCGGAAGCACAAGGGUAUGAUUCAUGAUACGCCACUCGGAUUCAACAAUCAAUUGAAGAGUGCCCAGCAGAGGGGUGGCCAAAGAUCGAUGUUAUCGAGAUAUGUUAAGGAUAAUCAGUUGAAAGAUAAGAAAGAUUUACCUCCACCCGAAGUUGAGUCAGACGCAAUCACUUUCUUUUAUGAGGAAGUCACAGCUGAGCCAGAGCCACACACUGAGGAAGAUGAGAAGUCAACUCUAUUGAACAUUGGCCACGGCAGAUUUGGCAAAUCGUUGAAGAAGCUCCUUGCAAACAGUGACAAAAAGACAGAUUCCGUGGAGACUAUUUAUGAGAACGGAAAUGUAACCAGACAAACUGUGUCUUUGGAGCGUCCAAGGGCAUGUACAGUCAUCAUAACGACCUUUGGAAGAGUACUUCUCUUUUUGCGAGAUGAUAUACACAGUGACUACAAGCUCAUCUGUGAGGUUAAGCUUCAAUAUCCAUUCAUUCAAUUUAAAGAGGUUGUCACCAGCCCCAGCACAAAAUUUGGAAAGCAGAUUCCGGCGUCCGGAAUAUUUGCUAUCGAGUCUAAGUUUAUCACCUUCGUCUUUGAAGUUGAAAAAUACGAGGUUAAUCAGUGGACUGAAUCCUUAGCCCGCUCUAAGUUGUGCCUGAUAGAGCGUGAACAUGAAGUAGAAGCUCCUCGUGUAAGCCAGCCGAAAUUAGCCCUGCCUAAAAUCCCAUCAACACCAGAAUUGAUGGAAGCGCCAAGGUUUGGGUCAAACAGCAGCCCCAAUGGAAAUGAGAUGCUGCUGCCCUCGAGAAUCACAAGAAGUCCGUCUCAACCUCGCACGCUCGACCCCAAAGGUAGUCCGCUGAACAAUCUUCUUGCUCAAAGACGCAUGCGGGCCAAAGAAACCACGAGGAGAAAGGCGCCGCCGCCGCCACCUUCAAAAAGCCAGCAUUUGGCCCUGACGGGAUUGCGAAAGGACCCAGAAAACGGCGAAAAGGCCACGGUCCACGCUGCGCAAUUAGCUGUUUCGAAUCUCAAUCUUUCGCCAACUCCACGCAAUGAGUACAGAUCGUCCAGCUUCACGAAAGAAACACCACGGGCACACAAGAAUUUCGUCGCUACCCUGGCAGGAAACGUGACGCCCAUGAACUCCAAGCUAUUGGCACGCACGCGGGGCGGCAAGUAA